UGAUAAGACAACGGAUAUUAAAUGAAUCAGAAUGAAGAGACGGACACCAGUUAUUAUAAAGUAAUCAGCCCACUGGCAUGAAUGUAUUACUUGGAAGGUACUAAGGGAAAAAGUACAUCAUUUUGUUUCCCUUUCAAUUUUUCCCUGUACAUCAAACAUAUUUCAUCGAGCUCCCCUUGUCAGAUGUUGUUGAGAAAACUAUUAGUUGAUGGAUUCAUUUUUUAUAAAUUCUUCAGCAUUUCAAACUUGUGAGUUAAAUCUAUUAAGGUUUGUUUCACCAUGGCUUUCAGUGUUGUUUAAUCAGUUUAUAUUUGAUAUUUGCAAAAAAAAAUAUAAUUCAUUAUUAAUACAAUAUGUAAAAUGUGUUAUCAUGAAUGAUUCUUUAAUGAAUAGGUGUUUUAAGCUAGAUUAAAUUAGCGUUACAUCUCUCAAAAAUUAUAUGUCUUUCAAUUACUUGACACAAAUAAACCACAUUUACGAAAUUUCAAAAUCACAUAACGCGAGACGGGAUCAACUUUGUCAGCUUAAAAUCUCUGCGUUGAUUUGGAUCGGUAAGUUUAGCGAGUGUUUUAGACAUAAUCUACCGUCACUAUGUACGUAAUCAUAAUCCUAAUUUAAAUAAAAACAAUAUUUUUGAUUGGUGGAUCAAGUUAAUCGAUUUAUAACUUAAUUUAAUAGAAGGAAAACUUUUUUAAAAAAAUUAAUUGAAUGUUCAGUUCGAGGUAACUAUCAUGUUUCAUGGCGUUGUUACAUCCCUUACAUAUUAUUUAUGCUAGCUAUCGUUCUCAAUAAAAAAAAAUGCCUGCAAAUAUUUUAUUUUUGUAUGGACAAUCAGAGAAUUCGCAGGGGAUGUGUUUGUGGUGUCAAAGAGGCCGUGAUUGAAUAACGUUAGAGAAACACUGAUUUAGAUCGUCUAAAUAUGUUGUGAAUGUUACAGGAAAUAAAAUUUGUGGAAAACUUUUGCACUGCAGUCAGAGAAACUCGUUGUUAGUUUUAUUUUAUACCGUAGCAACACAGCAGUACAAGCUGGUAGGAGAUGAGAAUUGUUUCCUUUAAACAAAUGUACACGACCUAGGACUUCUUGAACUGCAUGAACAAUUACCCAAUGGUAAUUAUUCUAUCAAUGACAAAAUUAAUUUAUUUAAGUCACGUCCUCAGAUAUUAAUACAUAAGAAGAUAAAAAAAAAACACUAAUUAAUAAACAGGUACAGCUAUUUUAUUUUACAUCCAACAUUCAAUGAUGUUACGUUCAACGUUCCAUACAUUAACAUUAGGUUGUAGGUCUACAUAUUAUUUUAUCUUUUUCUUUACAGUUUACAUCGACGAUGAUCAUUUAAGUUGAUUAUUAGAGUUGGAGCCUUAAGGAGCAGCCCGAAUUCGUCUAGCCUUAAGGAGCAGCCCGAAUUUAGUCUUAACAUGACGUGCCUUGAACCAGUCCUGAAGUGGAACAACUCAAACAAAAUUCACCCUCUCCACAAACAACUGCAUAACUUGACUAGGAACCUGACCAAUGAUGGUAACCCUCCCUUGACACACGCGGUGGUGAGAGGCAGAGUCCAAGAUGUCCGGUUCCUGUUAGACCAAGGGGCAAGGGUCAAUGCGACCAACCACCACGGGCAGACACCGCUCAUGGCGGCCACGGUCUCAAGGAAUUUGGACGUCUUUAAGAUGCUGCUCGCCAGUGGAGCUGACGUCAACGCAAAAGAUGACGUGGAUCAGACAGCGCUGAUGUACGCUGCACAGUCAGGCCUGAGUUCAGCCGUGGAGCUGCUGUAUCAGCAUAAGGCAGCGUUGGCGGCCGUGGACAAAUUUGGAAGGAACACGUUGAUGUUAGCGGCGCAAGCGGACAAGGCGGGGAUUGUACGGCUGCUGAUGGUGUUUGGCAUGGACGGCAAAGCCAAAACUAAACACGGGAUGACGGCUUUGAUGAUCGCUUCUAGUCAGGGAAAUGUUGACGUUGUCGAGACUCUAGUGAGCUACGUCGAUGUGAAUGACAUUGACGAUAAUUGUCAGAGUGCGCUCAUGAUGGCCUCUUUCUGCGGACACACCAAGGUCGUUGAGAUCUUGUGUCGCCGCGGAGCUGAUGUCAAUGCCUCUGAUAAGGACGGAUGGACCGCUUUGAUGUUCGCGGCUCAUCAAAGUAGCGUCCAUGUUAUCAAGGUUCUCAUCAAGCACAAGUCGAAUAAAGAUGACACCAACAGUGAUGGCCGGAACAGUGUGAUGAUUGCAGCUGAUAAAGGGCAUCUAAAUGCUAUGGACACUCUGCUACAGUUGGGCUCCAGUGUUGGCUGUGUGGACAAAGACGGGUUCAAUGCUUUGAUGUUGGCUGCCAGCCAGGGCAACGCGAAUAUUGUUGGAUUUUUAAUCAAUCAGGGGGCAGACUUGGAUUCCAGUAACCAAAAUGGUCGCACGAGUUUAAUGAUAGCCUCGCGUUUCGGGUUUUCAAGCGUUGUCCAGAUUCUAUGCGAGAAAGGGUGUGACGUGAACAGGCAAGACAAGAAGAGGUGGGACGCUCUGAUGUACGCCUCUCAAGCUGGCAACCUGGACGUGGUCAGGCUGCUCUUGAAGUUUAAGGCGUCUCUUAGCCACACCAACAACAGAGGGUGGACAAGCUGCAUGAUUGCGACCUGGUACGGUCACACGUCGGUGUUGGAGGAAAUCUUUCGAGCGGGGAGAUCAAAGCAUCAGGGCUUUGCGGGUCAAAAGAAAAGACAGUCUUUAUUGAAUAAGUCUGAUAAGUCUGGUAAAAAGCAUCAUGGAAACGUGAGUUGUAAUGUAAACGUGAGCAAUGAAGAGGGUUACACGGCGCUGAUCAUGGCUUGCAAACGAGGCUUUCUUGACAUUGUUCAAUUUCUUUACUUGUGUGGAGCUGAUAUCAACGCCACAAACCACCGAGGCAGGUCUAGUCUCAUGUUAGCGAGUAAGCACGGGCAUCUAAGCAUUAUUGAAAUGUUGUGUCAAAAAAAUGUUCAGAUCAAUGCGGCCGACGGGCGAGGAACGACCUCGCUGAUGUUUGCUGCCGAGGAAGGACAUUUAAGAGCUCUGGAGGUUCUGUGCCGCCACGGAGCUGAAGUCAAACAUGUUGAUAAGGACGGCUGGAAUGCCUUGAUGCUGGCAUCAUCCAAUGGACACCUCGGUGUCGUAGAGUGGUUAUAUCUCAAAGGCUGUGAGGUGACGUUUCGCCACGAGCAAGGACUGAGCGCCUUACACAUCGCUGCUACUUCUGGUCACAGAGAGGUGGUAAAAUAUUUACUUGCCAAUUGUGUUCACGGAGGUAACAACAGAAAGUGCUAUGGUUUCUCUCAAGACAGUGGAAAAUCACAUUACCUCGCGACAAAUAAAAAUGUCCUGGACGUAAAUGGUAAAGAUAGAUACGGGAAUACCGCAUUAAUGCUGGCUAAACGGAAUGGACGCAACGACAUCGUGCACAUCUUAAAAGAAGCAGGUGCGUUCGAUGAGGAUGUGAAAGAUGGUUUGCUGAGCCCAACACUGUACAGGUCAUCUAGUCCUUACGAGAUAGAGGUUCUGGGAAAUCAUAUUGGGGCGCCUAAAAUGGAUAAAAGGCCGCUUCUGUUGGAUAUAGGUCACUAUCACCAUGAAACGGACGCUGACACGAUCAUAAUGGACAGCCAGGAAAAGAGAAAACAUCUGACAGGUGGGUGGAUGUUUUUUUGUUUUUUUUUAUAAAUGAAGCGCACGUUAACUCUUAAUUUUAUUCAUGUACACGCCACAGAUAAGUGUUGGAGUCCAAAUUGAGAACUUGAGGCAGCGCUGAUGCCAACUUAUUAGCUGAUGAACUUAUAGUGAAUAUUGCAACGUUUCUCAACCAAAGUUGCAUGUACCUCAUUGUUGUGCGGAAGGCAGUGUGUAAGGCUGCAAGAAGAUUCACAGACAAUCGGGUUUAUUUUGUAUUUGUGUUUAUGGGGUGGGGGUGGAAAGGGAUUUUGGGCAAUGUUUCAGAAUCAAGAUCAGGCUGGGAGCGGCAAAAAAUGUUAAAAACUCUCUGCUAUCUUAAUAUGUCCAAAUGAAACUCUAGAAACCAUCCCAUUGAAUAACAUGAUCUAAAGACCUUAGUUAAAAUUAACCAUAUUGGCAAUGCAUAUAUAUAAUAAAAGGCUUUAAAAAUACUUAUUCCAAUUACUUAGAAUACCUGAUUUAUAACCUUGUACAUUCAUGAUUUACACAUAUGUUUUUCCUGCUGCAUUAAAGGCAUGUAGUGUUGUUUAAAAUUUCCCACACCCUUUCCCCUUAACCCCACUCCACUCAGCAGACACAGGUCCGACCCAAGCUGAAUCGUAGAAUUACUAAUAUUUCAUGAAUUAUUUUCUGUUACAUGUACUUGAAGCGUGUUACCUUCAUUUAAAGAACAAAAUGGUGGCCCUAUUAGGAUAAAAUUCAUGAAUAAAUGUAAUGUUCAUUAGACAAUAGUAUUUUUAAAUAACAUCGAGUCAUAUGUUUUUGGACAGGUUCCUUACUUAACCAUGACCCGAGUCAGAAGGUCAGUAACAUCGAGAGCCAGUCCCUCCUGUCCAGUGUAAGGACCACGCCCUCAGCUGUCUCACCUGUGAUGGAGUCAAGGGAUGAUGACACGUUAAGCGGUGAGUACCGCCCCAAGGCUGUGUUGGAUUGUUGGGGUUCGAGGUUGUUUCUUGUACUGAAAGUUUUACUCGUCAGGGGGAACGCUCUCAUCUCGAAUCAAACUCUCUGGACUGUGACACGAUGGAAUCUUCAUUGCGCUAUAUACAGUUGGUAUUGUUCAUAGCAGUCUCAGGGCUGCUACACUAAGGGAGUUCUAUGCAGUCAUAAAUUUGGUAUCGUCCUUAGCAUUCUCUGGGCUGCUACACUAAGGGAGUUCUAUGCAGUCAUAAAUUUGGUAUCGUCCUUAGCAUUGUCUGGGCUGCUACACUAAGGGAGC